UGUCGCUUUCGCCGUCUCUGUUGCUCUCCCCGUAGUCGAUUGUCUUCGCUCUUUUGACACUUCACAAUGUCAGCGACACCGGCACCUACAAACUCCAAUUCUCAAAAUCAGAACCAGCAGGGCUCGUCUUCUGCAUCCCAGUCGGGGUCAGGAAGUGGCUCGUUGCAGGCGUCGACGAGCACAAUCAGCAUCCCGCAGACUGCCCCUGCAGGUGGUCUUACCAUUACUCAACCCCCGCAGACACAGACGUCGUACUUCAAGAUCGCACCGAGCGACACUAUCACUUUCGCUUGGAACUUCACAUAUCUGCUAUCGACGCCCACCCACCUCACUGUCUCCGCCGUUUGCGAUAACGGCAAUACCUACCCCGUUGGUCCCACGGACGGUGUCAUUCCCGGCUCUGCGACAUCUGUGACAUGGGACGUCUGGUCAUACCAGCAGGCGCACCCUAACACUCCCCUUGCCCAGGCAACGUAUACUCUACAUAUCUGGGACGAUCGUGGGCCGGGCGCGCCGCGCGAGCCAGGCCUGUUCACAGAGAAUGACGCAUUGCAGUUUGCGAUGUACUCACCGCAGGCGUACACACCAUUAGCCAGCUGGACAUGUGGAGGCUGCAACAACGGCGCAUGGUCGUCGUAUGUCGCGCACCCGGCCUUCGUCAGCCUUGCUGUGACCUUUGUUGUUAUGUUCCUCUCCGGCUACUCUCUCCUGCGACAAGUGUUCCGCGACUGAUCACACCAUCCUCUUCAUCGCCUCAUUCGAUACUUCUGCUGAAGUGUAUCCAAGAGACUUGGCUUACUGGGUAGUAGAAGAUGGAAGAUGGUUGUUUAGAUGGACUUGGGACUUUACAGGCACUCAUGAUAUCUCUCUCUCUCUCGCAUAACGUACACUCAUGUUGACACUCCGGACUUCUUCUCUCCUCAUAGUAACCUCGGGUCUCCUAUAUUCUAAUUGGUCUUACAGUAUUAGCAGUUGUACAUCGGACGCUAUCUCCGC